AUGGCUGUUGGAAUAGGGAAUGUGUUGUUUAGAAAUGUAAGUGCCAAUGUGACGGAGUUGUAUCUGGACGAAGUUCACCUCUUCAAGGAUUACCCUGAAGGCUUGUUGCGGUUCGCUACGGCCUGCUGCUUCAUUUUUAUGAUCAUCGGGAUCCCGGGAAACCUCAUUACAAUCAUCGCACUCUCGAGAUACGAAAAGGUCCGCAAUGCGACCGCGAUUUUCAUCAUCAACCUUUCAUUUUCGGACCUAUUAUUUUGCUGCUUCAACCUGCCCUUGACGGCAUCCACCCUUCUCCACCGGUCCUGGGUCCAUGGAGAGCUCCUUUGCAGACUGUUUCCUCUGAUGAGAUAUGGUCUGGUGGCAGCUUCCUUGUUCACUGUUACUGCUAUCACUAUUAAUCGCUAUGUCAUCAUCGCCCAUCCAAGACUUUAUCCGAAAGCAUACAAAACGAGGAACAUCUGCCUGAUGCUGCUUACAAUAUGGUUAAUUUCUUUCGGAUGUUUGGUGGCGACUUGGCUCAACAAAUGGGGCAGCUUUGGGCUCGACGCUAGUAUCGGAUCUUGCUCCAUCAUCCAAGACAAAAACGGUCGAACACCGAAAAAGACACUCUUUAUCGUAGCGUUUACUAUACCUUGUGUUGCAAUAAUUUUCUGUUACACGCGAAUAUUCUUCAUAGUUAGGAAAUCCUCUAAAAAUUCUAAAACAGUAAAUACAUCCAAACAAGAACAACCUUCGUGCGACGAACUCUCGUCCGUCGUAUCGUCUGACUCGAUGUCCAUAAAGUUCUCCGGCCCCGAAAUAAGUAUCAGUGAAAACACAGAGUCCUUUACCUCUGAUCCACCUAAAAGUACACAGCGCACAUUCCAAAUCGAAACUAGAGAUGAAAUAAAAAGAAAAGACCAUAGGCUUCGAAGGACAGCAUUAAGAAAAUCUAUGGCGAUGCUCAGAUUGUCUCUGCCCACGCGGAAAGACAGAAGAUUAGGGACUAUGAUAAUCGCUAUCAUGAUUUCAUUCUGCAUGUGCCACCUCCCUAUAACCAUAACAAAGCUGUUGCGGGAGAUAAAUCCCAAGCCGGCGUUUAAUAUAGCAUCUUAUCUCCUCCUAUAUCUGGCUUCUUGUAUCAAUCCAGUGAUUUACGUAGUAAUGUCGAACGAGUAUAGGAAAGCAUAUAAAAACCUUUUCAAAUGCAAGCGAAAGUCUUGA